UAUGUUUUGGAGUUGCAGACAGAGUAUCUUUGCUGAAAUGAAGAAGAAAUUUUCACAGGCAGAGUGUGCUGCUGAGGAGCCCCGGGUGCUGUGCAUAAUCCAGGACACCACCAAUGCCAAGACGGUGAACGAGCGCGUGACCCUGAACCUGCCGGCCUCCACCCCGCUGCGCCAACUCUUCCAGGACGUGGCUGCCAAAGUGGGCUACGAGAAUGGCUCCUUUGAGCUGCUCUGGGGCAACGGGGACCAGACUCCAAUAGAUCAGAACAGUGACAAAACCAUUCUUGAUGCUGGUUUUGAGCCAGGGAAAAAGAACUUCCUGCAUUUGACAGACAAGGAUGGUGAGCAGCCUCAUGUAAUGCAAGAGGAGGCAGGUACAGCAGAGGAUGGGGCACAGGAGAGGUUUAUAGGCCCCCUUCCCAGAGAAGGCUCCAUGGGAUGUACCAAUGACUAUGUCAGUCAAAGCUACUCUUACUCUUCAGUCCUGAGCAAAUCAGAGACAGGUUAUGUGGGGCUGGUAAAUCAAGCAAUGACUUGCUACUUGAACAGCCUUCUGCAAACACUUUUCAUGACUCCUGAAUUUAGAAAUGCAUUGUAUAAGUGGGAAUUUGAGGAAUCUGAAGAGGAUCCUGAGAGGAGUAUCCCCUACCAGCUUCAAAGACUGUUUGUUCUACUGCAGACCAGCAAAAAAAGGGCAAUUGAAACAACAGAUGUCACCCGGAGUUUUGGAUGGGACAGCAGUGAAGCGUGGCAGCAGCAUGAUGUGCAGGAGCUUUGUAGAGUCAUGUUUGAUGCUUUGGAGCAGAAAUGGAAGCAAACAGAGCAGGCUGAUCUCAUAAACCAGCUGUACCAGGGCAAACUGAAGGACUAUGUGAGGUGCCUGGAGUGUGGCUAUGAAGGCUGGAGAAUCGACACGUACCUGGAUAUCCCUCUGGUCAUCCGGCCCUAUGGCUCCAGCCAGGCCUUUGCUAGCGUGGAAGAAGCACUGCAUGCUUUCAUUCAGCCUGAGAUCCUUGAUGGCCCAAAUCAGUACUUUUGUGAGAGAUGUAAGAAGAAAUGUGAUGCAAGGAAGGGUCUGCGGUUCUUGCACUUCCCGUACCUGCUGACGUUACAGCUGAAGAGAUUUGACUUUGAUUACACCACAAUGCACAGAAUUAAACUCAAUGAUCGCAUGACUUUUCCAGAGGAGUUGGACAUGAGUGUCUUUAUUGAUGUUGAAGAUGAGAAGUCUCCUCAGACCGAGAGUUGCACUGAUAGUGGAGCUGAAAAUGAAGGCAGUUGUCACAGCGAUCAGAUGAGCAAUGAUUUUUCUAAUGAUGAUGGAGUUGAUGAAGGAAUCUGCCUUGAAAGCAACAGUGCAGCAGAGAGAAUCUCUAAAGCUGGCAGUGAGAAGAGUUCUUUACUGUAUGAGCUCUUUUCUGUCAUGGUUCAUUCUGGAAGUGCUGCUGGUGGCCAUUAUUAUGCCUGUAUAAAAUCUUUUAGUGAUGAUCAGUGGUACAGCUUUAAUGAUCAACAUGUUAGCAAGAUAACUCAGGAAGAUAUUAAGAAAACAUAUGGAGGAUCUUCUGGAAGCAGAGGCUAUUAUUCCAGUGCUUUUGCUAGCUCCACAAAUGCUUACAUGCUGAUAUACAGACUGAAAGAUCCAACAAGAAAUGCAAAGUUUCUUGAGGCACAUGAAUAUCCAGAGCACAUUAAACAGUUGGUACAGAAAGAGAGAGAAUUGGAAGAACAAGAAAAGAGGCAACGUGAAAUUGAACGCAACACGUGCAAGAUUAAAUUAUUCUGUAUGCAUCCUACAAAGCAAAUAAUGAUGGAGAACAAAUUGGAAGUUCAUAAGGACAGAACACUGAAGGAAGCUGUGGAAAUAGCUUACAAGUUGAUGGAUUUGGAGGAGGCUGUUCCCUUGGACUGCUGCCGCCUCGUCAAGUACGAUGAGUUCCAUGACUACCUGGAGCGCUCGUACGAGGGGGAGGAGGAGACCCCCAUGGGCUUGUUACUCGGAGGGGUCAAGUCAACCUACAUGUUCGACUUGCUGCUGGAAACAAGGAGGCCUGACCAGGUUUUCCAGUGCUAUAAACCUGGGGAGGUCAUGGUAAAGGUUCAUGUAGUUGACCUGAAGACUGAAUCUGUUGCUCCUCCAAUUAGUGUGCGAGCUUAUUUGAAUCAAACAGUUUCAGAGUUUAAACAGCUAAUUUCAAAGGCCACACAGCUGCCUGCUGAGACCAUGCGGGUGGUGUUGGAGCGCUGCUACAAUGACCUGCGCCUGCUGAACGUGUCCAGCAAAACUCUGAAAGCUGAAGGCUUCUUUAGGAGCAACAAGGUGUUUGUGGAAAGCUCAGAGUCCCUGGACCGCCAUGUGGUGUACACAGACUCUCAGCUGUGGAAGCUUUUGGAUCGCCACGCCAACACCAUCCGGCUGUACGUCGCCUUGCCUGAGCAAGCUCCUGGCUCUCAGCUCAGGAGGGCGCUUUGUCAGAAGUCUGGUGGGGCUGCAGGCAACUUGGAGGAACCUUGUGAAAGAGUAAAAGGACCUGUAGGCAAUAUGAAAUCUGUAGAGGCAAUUUUGGAAGAAAGCACUGAAAAACUGAAAAGCUUGUCCCUGCAGCAGCAGCAGCAGGAGGGAGAUAAUGGAGACAGCAGCAAAAGCACAGAAGCCAGUGAUUUUGAAAACAUUGAGUCACCUUUAAAUGAAAUAGACUCUUCAGCAUCAGCAGAAAACAGGGAACUUGACAACCAGAUUCAGGUCUCUGACCCAGAGAACCUGCAGUCGGAGGAGCGGUCAGACUCGGACGUCAAUAACGACAGGAGCACGAGUUCCGUGGACAGUGACAUCCUCAGCUCCAGCCACAGCAGUGACACUCUGUGCAACGUGGACAAUGCCCCCCUCCCCCUGGCCAACGGGCUGGAUUCUCACAGCAUCACCAGCAGCAGGCGAUCAAAGGCCAACCAGGGCAAGAAGGAAACCUGGGACACAGCAGAGGAGGACUCUGGAACAGACAGUGAAUAUGAUGAAAGUGGCAAGAGCAGAGGAGAAGCACAGUAUAUGUACUUUAAAUCAGAGCCCUACACUGCAGAGGAGGGUUCAGGAGAAGGGCAGAAAUGGCUGAUGGUGCAUGUUGAUAAAAGAAUUACACUGUCUGCCUUCAAGCAACACUUGGAGCCUUUUGUUGGAGUUCCAUCUUCUCACUUCAAAGUCUUUAGAGUCUAUGCCAGCAAUCAAGAGUUUGAGAGUGUUCGGCUGAAUGAGACCCUUUCGUCAUUUUCUGAUGACAAUAAGAUAACUAUUAGACUUGGAAGAGCCCUUAAGAAGGGUGAAUACAGAGUUAAAGUCUAUCAACUCUUGGUAAAUGAGCCUGAGCCAUGCAAGUUUCUUCUAGAUGCAGUUUUUGCUAAAGGAAUGACUGUCCGACAGUCCAAAGAGGAGCUGCUUCCUCAGCUUCGAGAACAAUGUGGACUAGACCUGACAAUUGACAGGUUUCGCCUACGAAAGAAGACCUGGAAGAAUCCAGGCACUGUGUUUCUGGAUUAUCAUAUCUAUGAAGAAGAUAUCAAUAUUUCCAGCAACUGGGAGGUCUUCUUAGAAAUACUUGAUGGAGUAGAAAAGAUGAAAUCCAUGUCACAGCUUGCUGUUUUAUCGAGGCGAUGGAGGCCGUCAGAGAUGAAAUUAGAUUCUUUCCAGGAGGUAGUACUAGAAAGCAGCAGUGUGGAAGAAUUAAAAGAGAAGCUAAGUGAAAUAAGUGGAAUACCCUUAGAAAACAUUGAAUUUGCAAAGGGUAGAGGAACCUUUCCAUGUGACAUUUCCAUACUAGAGAUUCAUCAAGACUUGGACUGGAAUCCGAAAGUAUCUACAUUGAAUGUCUGGCCCCUGUACAUUUGUGAUGAUGGUGCAGUAAUAUUUUAUAGGGAUAAAACUGAAGAAUUAAUGGAAUUAACAGAUGAGCAAAGAAAUGAACUGAUGAAAAAAGAAAGCAGCAGACUCCAGAAAACUGGACACCGGGUAACCUACUCUCCCCGUAAAGAAAAAGCACUAAAAAUUUAUCUGGAUGGAGCACCAAAUAAAGAUUUGACUCAAGACUGAUACUUGCUCUAGCAUUUUCCCUGGGGAAUUUUUUUUGUUUCCAAUGCAAAGGUUCACUCGGAGCGUAGUGCCAUUGCGGCAGGACAUUCAUUAGGUGUGAAUGGCAGCAGCAGGGGCGGGCGGCGCCGGCCGCGCCGGACUGCAAUCAUGUCGUGCACUAGAGUCACACGUACUGUAAAGCUAAAAGGGAUGUGCAAACACAGAUUAGAGCUCAACCUGGGUGGGAGGGGAACGCUGGAAAUUGAGGACAGUGUGCACGUAGUAGCUAGUGAAACUAGCCUCCAACAGGAUACUCAUAGCUUAAUAAUAAAGCUGUGCAAAGGCCAUGAAAGAAUCCUUUUCUCUGUUUGUUUCACUGAUACACGCAUUACCUCAUCAGAGAGUCUGGAGCAAACCUUACCAUUGGUUCUAGGAGAGCAGCGGGAAGGGCUGCACGGGGAGUGCUGCACGUGUCAGGGGUUAGAGAAUCUUCCAGAAAAUGGGCUCUGAGGUGCCUGCAGGAGGCUGCUGGCAGGCAGCUGUUGUUGUUUGGGAAGUGCUGUUGUAAGGUAAAGUGGUUUUUAAUAGGUUACUGACGAGCAGCUCUAGUGUAUUGCGUUCGAUGUGUAAAUAAAAUCUGCCCUGUCCAUUUACCAGAACUGCAGUUCAGCUAUUUACCAUGCUAUUUCUUUACACAUAUCAACAUGCAUUGUGUACAUUUGGAAGUGUAGUUGCCUAUUUAAAUUUGUAUUCAUUUUAUGUUUGACGAUGCUGGGUACUUUAGGGUUGUACUUCCCUUGUUAAUGAAGUUUUUGUUCUGUUCCGCUACUUUUUGUACAUUUUGUUUUUAAGACUAUUACGAGUUUGCAUCUUCUCCACCUGCUGAAAGUCAGUUUGUUUUUCCCAGAGUUGAUUCCAUAGCUAUAUGUAGUCAAAUAUUGGGGCAACCUCUUAACACCUCAAUGUACGAACUCGGUAGUUCAGGCUGUGGUGCAAAGACUGAUGCAGUCAACAUGAUUUCAUUGCAAAGCCUAGGAACAGCAAUUCUUUGCUUUGGUCCAUAAAGAUCAAUAGAGAACAAUUCUCCAUAGUUUUUGGAUAAAUACACCUAAUUUAUAACAAUCAAAAGAUUUUGGUAAACUUUUUCAUGCCAGAUGCUGUUUACAACAAUGAACAUGCCAAUAAAACAUUUGUUCAUUCUGUUGUGUUAUUUUAAUCAUUAAAUGCUGUUGUUUUUAUUUUUAAAAAGUAUGGAAUUGUUUUAUGGAAAUACAGAGUUCCCCAGGGCAGUGCUGGAAUUGCAAGGCUGUGUGUUUGUGUGUGUGUGCACACCCCCUCCAUGUACAGGGUGUUACAGGAGCUCUCUCCUGCUGCUCCUCUCUACAUUCACCUGUGAGUUUCCUUUUCCAGAACUGAAUUUCUCACCAGUGAAACCUCCAAGUUCCAAGUUUGAUUGGCAACUAAAUUCUGCUCCAGAGGGAAAGGGGUGUUCAAUAACAGAACCUUCAGUUCUUCCUUGCAUUCUGGCCCAUAGCAACCUAAAAAUGCUGAGGAAUCUGGCAGCCUGAGAAGCAGGCAUUGCACAGAGCCAUUCCCUCCUUAUUCCUCUCCUGCCUCUUCUGUGCUGCCUCUGGGCCGACAUGUGUGAGGUUGGAAGUGGGAGUGAAGGGAGCAGAGAGGGAAAUGCCAUUACCUAGGUAGGGUACUUCAUUAAACCACCAUUUACUACAGACAGAGACUGCUAAAGCAUCCUUAGAGCUUUUGGAAGAGAGAAAAAUUACUUUUCUUCAAACUCGGUCAUUUGGAAAGGCAAAAAUGUAGAGAUUAAAUCUGGGGGUGGCAGCACCAAAAACUUGAAAGGGGAAUACUGUCCUUAAGAGGGCAGUAUUUACAGCCAGUGACUGCUCUCCUGGCUGGGUUCUUAAACACGAAAAUUGCUGCGGCACUGAACUCCUUCUCUGUGUAGAUGGGACUGUCUCUAAAGCACAAUAAUUUUAUUAGGGAUAGAAAGGGAGGGUAGACUCAGUGAGCUCAGAGACACUGUCUGUGUGUGUGUGCUGGUGUGAGAAUGGAUCAUAGAAUCCUUAAACCAAAACUCAGGCAGUU